CCAGCUGUGUCCAAUGACACACAGCAGAUCACCAACUGUCACAGAGCAGAUCAGCACUGAUCAGUGCCCUGCAGUGCUGCCCAGCAGUGCCACCCAGCAGUGCCUAGCAGUGCCUCCCACCAGUGCCCAGCAGUGCCACUCACCAGUGCUAAGCAAUGCCACCCAGCAGUGCCCAACAGUGUCGAGCAGUGCCACCUAUUAGUGCCCAGCAGUGCCACCCAUUAGUGCUGCCCAGCAGUUGCAUCCCGCAGUGCUGCCCAGCAGUGUUUCCAGUCAGUGCCGUCAUUCAGCACCACCCGUCAGUGUUGGCCAUCAGUGCCGCCUAUCAGUGCCCAUCAGUGCCGCCUAUCAGUACCCAUUAUUGCUUCAUAUCAGUGCAGCAUCAUCAG